AGUCAGCUAACUGUCCACUUGCGCUUGUUCUGUUCAGUGGAGUGACGUUUGGAGAGUCGCGAAGUGUUUUUUCCUUGAUUUUUCUCAGGAGAAAAAUAUUGAGUUCUUCUUUAUCUUCACCCCGUGUGAGACACCAGCGCGGGGCUCACUGUUGGCAAAACAUCAGUGAAGAGAAAGUGCCGAGCUGGAUCACUCCAGAAGACGCUCUCUGACCAUGUCUAAUCUAAUACCCAUCACCAAAAAAGAGGAAAAGGGCCGAAACAUCCAAGUGGUUGUGAGAUGCAGGCCUUUCAAUGCAGUGGAGCGGAAGUCUAACUCCCAUGGAGUGGUGGAGUGUGACUCAAACAGGAAAGAGGUGAUGGUCCGUACUGGGAACGUCACCGACAAAACCUCCAGGAAAACGUACACCUUUGACAUGGUGUUUGGUCCGUCUGCAAAGCAGAUAGAUGUGUACAGGAGCGUGGUGUGCCCCAUAUUGGACGAAGUCAUCAUGGGAUAUAACUGCACCGUUUUCGCAUAUGGGCAAACAGGCACAGGGAAGACCUUCACAAUGGAGGGUGAAAGGUCACCUAAUGAGGAAUUCACCUGGGAGGAGGAUCCUCUGGCUGGUAUCAUCCCUCGUACUCUUCACCAGAUCUUUGAGAAGCUGACCAGUAACGGCACAGAGUUCUCAGUGAAGGUUUCCCUGCUGGAGAUCUAUAAUGAAGAGCUGUUUGACCUGCUCAGCCCCUCACCAGAUGUCACCGAGAGGCUGCAGCUGUUUGAUGACCCCAGGAACAAGAGAGGUGUUAUUGUUAAGGGACUGGAGGAGAUAACGGUACAUAACAAGAACGAGGUCUAUCAGAUCCUCGAGAGAGGAGCAGCCAAGAGGAAGACUGCAUCCACACUGAUGAACGCAUACUCCAGUCGUUCCCACUCCGUGUUCUCCGUCACCAUUCACAUGAAGGAGAUCACUCUGGAUGGAGAGGAGCUGGUGAAGAUUGGAAAACUGAACCUGGUGGAUCUUGCGGGCAGCGAGAACAUCGGCCGCUCUGGAGCAGUGGACAAGCGUGCACGUGAGGCGGGAAACAUUAACCAGUCCCUGUUGACGCUGGGCCGUGUGAUCACGGCUCUGGUAGAACGCGGUCCCCAUGUGCCCUACCGUGAGUCCAAACUCACACGUAUCCUCCAGGACUCACUGGGUGGACGCACCAAGACCUCCAUCAUUGCCACCGUGUCUCCAGCUUCCAUCAACUUAGAGGAGACUCUGAGUACACUGGAUUAUGCUAACAGGGCAAAGAACAUCAUGAACAAGCCUGAAGUGAACCAGAAACUCACCAAGAGAACCCUAAUCAAGGAGUACACAGAGGAGAUUGAGCGUCUGAAGCGGGAUUUGGCUGCCACCCGGGAGAAGCAUGGCGUGUAUCUCUCAGCUGAGAACUACGAGAGUAUGAACAGUAAACUGGUGAGUCAGGAAGAACAGAUCACAGAGUACACAGACAGAAUUGCAGCGGUGGAGGAGGAACUCAAGAGGGUGAUGGAGCUGUUCACAGACAGUAAACAGAAGCUGGACCAGUGCAACGAGGACCUGCAGGACAAGAGCCAGAAGCUGGAGGAGGCUCACAAGGACCUGAAGGAGACCAGGCAGAGGCUCACACAGGAGGAGUUCAUCACCACUCAGCUGCAGACCUCUGAGAACCAGCUGUACAACACUGCAGGGCAGCUGCUGAGUACGGCGGAGGUGAGCACGGCGGACGUGGGAGGCCUACAUGCUAAGCUGCAGCGGGUGCAGGCCGUGGAGCAGCACAACACCGUAGCUCAGAGUAACUUCGCCCAGCAAAUGGAGCAGACCUGCAGCAGCAUGCAAAGCGCACUGCAGGAGCACAGCCUCAAACACGCUGCCAUGCUAGAUCACUACCGCAGUGCCAUGGCGGAGCUGCUGGGGGGAACGGGCCGCGUGUUUGAGGAGGCCGUGGGCUCCGUGCUGCGUUCCUACACUGCUGUCCGGGAGGCGGUGGAGGAAGGAGUGGACGGCUGUAAGGCCAAGCUGCUGCAGCAGGAAGAGCUCACAAACGGGAGCCGAGAUGCCAUGCUUCAAAUGCUGGACGAGCAUAAACUUCACCUAGAAGAUGUUCUAAUUGCAAAAGCGAUGCCUGCUAUCGGAUCAAUUAUGGCCGUGAACGAAGGCUUGAAACAGACACUGCAGAGAUAUAAUGCACUGGCUGGACAGAUGGAGGGGAUGAAGGCAGAGAUGACUGCAUUUUUCAGUGGCCACGUGGAGGCGCUGGCGAGCAUGCGGGAAACGGCUGUUCAGGGCUUCACUUCCCUCCAGGCUGAACAUAGCAAGCUGAAAGAGCAGAUCAACCAGGCCAGCCACCAACACAAAACACGUGUAGCGCAGCUCCUUCAGUGUGUCCAGGAUCAGAUGAACCUCCUGGCCCUGGACACACAGUCUGACUUUCAGGGGCUUCAGGAGGCUUCAGAUGCACAGGGACCUCCGAUGGAGACUCUGAAAAACACAAUACAGAGCAAAUGCACCGAGGCUGAGCAGGAGAGCUCGUCAGUCAGCGCUCGUUUAAGUUCAUGUACAGAUGGCGUGAUGAAGGAGAUGAGUGGAGUGGCGGAGGAGGGACGCACAGCGCUGGAGGAAGGUGCCGGUUACUGCGGCCUCCUGCAGAGCUCUCUGGAGUCAUUGGCUGACUCGAGCCUUCAGUGGUGUCGUGCAGCCAGAGACCUGACUGAGAGACGUGCUGAGGAUCAGCUGACCCUCGCAGAGGAGAACAAGGCCGCAGUGCACGAGCUUCUGAAGCGUGUAGAGGAGCGCGGUCAGGCUGUGAUGGAGGAAUGCCGAACUCGCCUCGCUCCAGUGCAGCAGGAAAUGGAAGGGCUCCUGAAGGGAGUGGAGGUGCAGACGGGUGAAGACCAGGCCAUCCUGCAGCAGCACAGAGAAGAGCUGUCAACUCUCACCACACAAGCCCUAAAUACAGUCAACAACUUCCUCAGUAGUGAACUCCAACAGGAUCUGCCUACUGGCACAACGCCGAAGCGUAAGGACUACAUGUACCCACGUGUACUGGUGCCACUGAGGAGCAGAACAGAGCUGGAGGAGGAGUUUAGGGCUCAGCAGGAGCAGCUAAUGAGCGCGCUCGGUCAGUGUGAAGUCCUCCUCGAGGGAGAGGAGGAGGAGAAACCUGUAGACCAGGACUCUCUGGAGGAUGAAGUUUGCAGCUCCAGUGACAGUAACUCGACCCAGCAGUCUAUAUCGGAAGAGAAUCUGAUGUGCUACGAGGAGGGAAGGGUUCCCUUCUUUAAGAAAAAGUCCAAAAAAGAAAACCCCAGCAGCAAGUCCCUGAACCGCUCAAAGGUAGCUGAAAACGAGACCUUGGUGACGCCACCUCGAUCCAGAUUACCGCUCAGGACCCAAAAUCAGUGAUGACUCCAUUUCAGUUUCUUUACUCAGUUACCUGUUUCAGUACCGUUUCAGUACUUAUUAUACUUAUAUAGCAUAUGUAUUUUAAUCUGUCUUUAUUUUUUGACAUGAAUUUAAAUAGUCUCUUUAUAUGUUUGUAUGUCUUUAUCCUCACUGUUUUUAAUGUUGAAUAAUAAGUUCAAAGUGUUGUGUCAAAUUCAUUUGUUUAUCACUUGGUUAAAAUGGGUAUUUGUGUUUGUGUUGUCAUCUUCAAUUUUUAAAAAAUUAAGAACAACUGCUGAUUAAGGACUGUUUUUAAAAAAGAAAUGUCUGACUUUAAACAAAUAAAGCUGUUAAGAUUCUCAAGA